ACACAGUGACGGAUUCGUUUAGAGGACGUGUGCGCGUUUUCUUAAUCUCCUUCCGAGUUUUGCUCAAGGAAAUGGUUUGCGACUCUUUUUCCGGGACUAUUGUUCGAUUCGUGAAUCGCAAGAUAUGAAUUUGGGAUUUGAAAUGAAGAAAUUUACAGAAGAAGAAUUGUUACAACACAUUUGAUUGGAUGAUCGGAUCAUAAAGCUAUGACUUUUCUCAGUUCUCAGUCAAGUAUUGCUGUUUAGAUUUUGUUUUACUGUGAGCGAAGAUGGCAAAGAAGGGCAAGGCAAGGCAAUACACCUAUAGAAGGAGGGCCAGAUCUGAUCAUAAAUAUGAUGAUGAACAAUCAGAUGAGGAUUACUGUGUCAGUGAAAAUGAGCUGUUUGAUUGUUCAGAAGAUGAAUCAUUUUCAUUAGUUGGGGAUACAUCUGGAGUCAGUUUGGGUGUGUGUGAAGAUAGUGAAGAAGAUGAGAUUAUGAAUGUCAAGCAGAAAAAAAUUGUUAAAAAGAAUGAUUCCCCACCGAAAGCACAGAAUAGACAGAAAAGCAUUAUAAAACAAAGAAAAAGGAAAAGAGUUAUGUACAAAGAAGAUGAUGAGAUCAGUGAUGACAGCGAUGAUGAUGGUGAUUAUGAGGAGGAAGAUGAGGCAGAGGAGGAAGAGGAAUUUAUCCCGAAUGAGAUCAAUGGUGUUGUAAAACGAAAAACAAGGGAUAAGUUUAUUUACAGAGAUGACGAUGAUGACGUGGACUUUACUCCAGAUGAGAUUGAUUCUACAGAAGAAGAAGAAGAAGAAGAAGAAGAAGAAAACUUGCCGAUGAUGAGGGGGAAUAAGAAAAUGGUAAAGCGGCGAUUGACAAAUAGCAAUAGAAAAAGGGUGCAGGGAAAGAGUAUCUCGAAAGUCUCAAAGAAAACAAGGAAGAAAACCUCUAAAGUUUCUAAGCAGAUCAAAAGGAAGGGAGCAAGAAAAACAUGCAGGAAAAAUUAUUCACAGGAGAAAAGGGAAAGAAGAUUAAUUAUAGAUUCUGAUUCAGACUUUGUGAGUUGUGCAUCAUCAGACCAUGAGUAUAUUAUCUCUGAAGAAGAGAGUGAACAAAUUAGAGAAGCUAAUAAAUUGUGUAGAGGUUUGAGGGAUAGAUCAAGGAUUCCAGGUUGUUCAACUGAUGCACGUUUGAGGGAUAGAUCAAGGAUUCCAGGUUGUUCAACUGAUGCACGUUUGAGGGAUAGAUCAAGGAUUCUAGGUUGUUCAACUGAUGCACCAAAAGGAAAAGCCAGUCAGCAUCAGAAGAAGCGAUCACUAAGAAAGGGAAAGGAGAAGGUAGCAGUGGUUGAGGAGUUGAAGAAGAGUGAAAGAGGAAAGCAGGUUUGUGGGAUUUGUUUUUCUGAAGAAGAGAAAAAGACAAUCAAUGGCAUGUUAAAUUGCUGCAGCCACUACUUCUGUUUUGCUUGCAUCAUGGAGUGGUCAAAGGUUGAGUCUCGUUGCCCCCUUUGCAAGCAAAGAUUUGUAACCAUCACUAAGGAUGCAAAGUCACCAUCACUAAGGACUGUGGUGAUUCAUGUUCCGGAACGUGAUCAAGUUUAUGUGCCAUCUGAAGAAGAGCUUAGGGGUUAUCUUGAUCCAUAUGAAAACGUAAUUUGCACUGAAUGUCAACAAGGUGGGGAUGAUGCUCAUAUGCUACUCUGCGAUAUAUGUGAUUCACCUGCACAUACUUAUUGCGUCGGCCUUGGAAGUGAAGUCCCUGAAGGUGAUUGGUACUGUGAAGCCUGUAGACUAGCAUCUCCUCGCUUCCAAAUUCCAGAAAAUUCACUUCCAACAGGUGAUGACUAUUAUGGCAGACUGCCUUCUAUAGCCACCAGCAGAAGGGAGAGUUGUGAGCUGGACGAGAUGUAUGUACCUGAGACUCCAUUAACACAACAAACAUUCAACACUUCAUCUCCUAGAGAUAGUCAGCCUGGUUCUUCUUCAGCUUCAGGAUCUGUGGCUUCAACAGUUUCAGCCAGGAGAAGAAUACACCAUCGGAUAAGCCGAUUUAUUAGUAAUAACAGGAUGAGAUGGGAACAGAAUGGAGAUGUUACUACUGGUGGUUAAGUGUACUUAUAGUGGGGAUUCUUGGAAGUUGGAUUUUGAGACGCAUUGCCUUUUAACUGGUAAUGCUUCAGAUAAUAAAAGUAUGGUAUAAGGGUCGGCCUCGAACUUACAAAAAAAAAUGUCAAAUAAGGUCAUAUAUAGGAUGCUCUGUACGUCCGACGCCAUUUGGGGUGAUUCCUGGUUAAAUUUUUCGAUGAAAUUUUUUGAGUAUCUUAUUAUUCAUUAAGUCUAGUUUACUCAUAUCAAAUUUAAACUAAAAAUUCAAUCGGAAAAGCAUUCAAAUGAAUUCUUGAAAAUAAUUGUGCAGUUAAAAGUGCAGUUAUCUUCAAGAAUUUAUUUGAAUGCCCUCGAAUGAUUUUUAGUUCAAAUUUGGUAUGACUAAACUAGACUUAAUGAAUAAGAUUCUAAAAAAAAAUCAUCAAAAAAUUCCAUCGGGAACCGCCCCAAAUGGCGUCGGCCGGACAGAGCAUCUUAUAUAAGACCUUAUUUGACAUUUUUUUGUAAGUUCGAGACCCUAUCUGAUCCUUAUCCCUAAAAGUAUUGAAACUUAAUGUCGAAAAGGGUGGGUGGGGAUACAGAUUGAACCAUUGUAAGUGAUACAUUUUUUGAUGAUAACCAUGUCAUUUUGUUGUGUUGAACCUUUGUUAAACGACAUAAGUAGUGGUAGUUUGUUCAAUUGUUG